AUGAACUUUGUGUUUCUUGUUAAACAACCUCCAAAGAAACAGAGGUUACCUCUUAGUGUUGCUAGAGUUUCAAUGAAGAAUCAAAAGGAUAGAGAAGAACAACUGCUUCAAGAGAGAGCUAUACUUGGAAGGUUUGGAGCCUACAGUAGCAGUAGUUCCAUGAAGGUGCCAGAGAGGAAACCAGUAGAGGAUAGAAUUCUGAAGUCGAUGCAAGGUAAAGGGAAGAAGAAGAAAGAUGGCAAGAAAAGUCAUGGCAAGAGAAAGGGUGGUGGUGGUGGAGGUGGUGGUGGUGGUAAGAGGCGUCACUAG